CGCAGUGUGUUGAUAGCAGUAUGUUGGUUGCAGCUGACUAACUCGACUAUUAUUAUCUUAUACAUUGGAGAGCGAACUAUAUCGUGAACUUUUAUAUCAUGUAGUCGAACAGUGGAAUAUAGCUGUGGUGUGGAUUUGUUAUUUUUGUUUAAUCUUUUAGCGAGAAACCAACGAUGAUAGAUUGGAAAAAUGAAACGUAAAGGAGAAUUAUUUUGUUCUCUUAGAGAACUAGUGCUAUGCGCUGUGUGUGUUAUAGUUUCAUUGGGAAGUAUAUGUGCUACCUGUCCUAGGAAUUGUUUUUGUCCGCCUAUGAGUAACAAUGUUUAUUGUUCUAGAGGGAAUCUCGAUAUUAUUCCGGACGGAAUACCUUUCGACACAUUGGAGCUUACACUAAAUGAUAACAAGUUUAAAAACCCAGUGUUGACAAGACGAAAUUUUACUAAUUUGUCGUCUCUAAAGAACUUAUACCUCAGCGGAUGUGGAAUCGAGAGUAUCGCUAUUGAUACAUUUUCUGGAUUAACCAAGUUAAAAUGGCUGGACAUCAGUAAAAAUGAUCUGAAAUUUAUCCCCGAUUUUACAUUUCGGGGACUGAAUUUGGAGAAUUUCUUCAUCAAUGAGAAUCCUGGAAUCCAGUUUUCGUCCAAGGCAUUUGCUGGUCUUUCAACAAGAGGACUUUACAUGCAUAAUUGUGCUCUGAGAAACUUAUCGUUGGAAGUUCUGCGCCCCUUAAAUGGUUCUUUACGUGCUCUGUGGUUGUACGAAAAUCAGUUUGAAAAACUAGAUAAAGAAUGGCUGUAUCUAUUGCGUAGCUUAAGUCAUGUCAGAUUGGGCAAAAACAAUUUUCAUUGUAAUUGUGAACUGACGUGGUUGUACGAAUUUUUCGUCAAAGAAGACUCAAUUUUCUCCGGUGGGGACGCACCGUCCUGCUCAUCACCGCCUUCUCACCGUAAUAAACUAUUUAAUGCUUUAAAAGCAGGCGAUUUCACAUGUGAAUUACCAACUUUCAAGAAGGUGGAUGCUAUAUUUGAGAGUGAAUUGGGGAAACUGACAUGUACUGCAUCCGGCGAUCCAAGUCCUACACUAUAUUGGAUCCGACCUGAUGGUACUACCGAAACGUAUUAUCCAUCCAAAACACAACCUAAAGACAGCGAGGGUGUUAUGUACAUAACUAACCCACAAUUAACAGACAAAUCAAAAUACAAAUGUAUUGCCAACAAUCCAGCCGGAAACGUUACGUUUUCUUUAAAUUUAGCAUGGCCUAUAGCCAAAGAGAAACCCAUGGACAGUACAACUGUCGGCCGAACCCCAACUACAAGUGUUAACAAAGUCAAUACGAUUGAAAACAAAAAUACUUAUGAGUGGACAGUAAACAGCAAAGCUGAGAAAAACAUGGGAAUAGUUUCUACAACUGACAAAGUGAAACAAUUUUCAAUUGUUGAUAUUGUGGGGGCUGUUAUUGGAACAUUCCUCUUAACUUUAUUAAUUUGUGCUUUAGUAUUUCAUUUUUAUUAUCGUCGUCGAGAACGAUUACGCUAUGAUGACAAAAGGUGCUGUGAAAAUAAGAAACAUAAGAAUGUUUAUACUAUGUCGGAUCAUGACGAAAACUGUAUCAAAAUGAUGAUCCAACGGAAUUCGGAACAUAUACAUAGCUGAAAUUCAACCAUUUGUUAAUAAAUCAUGUGUUUUAUAUAUCAUAACACACGAUUUCAGUUUGAAUAUCAUUAGUGUUCAAUGUGUUACAUACCAUUCGAUUCUUAAAAUGUUUACUUUUUUUGUCGGAUAUCAAACACAGACGUAACUCAUUUGGCGUCACGAAUAUUUAUAGGGUACCAUUUCACCUACACACCCAAUUGAACUAGAAACCCUCCUUUUUUUUGUUAACAGAGGGUAAAAUAAUAUAAUGUAAAUUGAAAUAUUUAAUUUAUUUUCUAUAUCGUGUAUAUAUACAUAUAAUAUAUGUGUACGUUUCCCUUUGUGCAAUACGUUGCCGUGUUUUCUAUGAAAGUUGUACUGUGUGGAUCAAUACGCCUUUACGUGAGUAACUGUCGUUCUACACCGAUAUUCAUCAUUACCAAUGUUAUCCAUCUAUAGUCGCCAUAUUGAUUACAAUAUUUCAUCGUCCUACAAAGUACCAAAUCACGUGACCUGUAUACAAAAUGGUACCGAAAAAAAAAAUCAAUAUGUCUGUCAAGCCUAAGCUUUCUGAAUAUGAUCGUUAUGGCGUGAUCUUAAGGGAAAUGGAAAAGCAAUUAGCAUGAUACACUACUUAGAUUAAUCAAAUGUUUUUGCGUUAAGUCAAAUCGAAUUAGAAACGGAUUUUAUUUACUGGAAAUAACUACUGUUUAAGGCCCACAUUCGCACUUACAUGACUUGAUACUAAAUUGCUGGAUAUAUUGUAAAUUUGAUUGAAACGUGGCCAUUGUUAUGGUUGAGGAUUAUAAAAUGGCAAUGAAUAUUAUGUGAUUAUUGAUGAGUCAUAAACCUGUCGUCGUCUUGUCACAAUAGUUUUAUAAUAUAGGCAAUGAUAGUUAUGUCCCUUGAAGUCAUAUUAUGUAUAUAUUUAUUAUGAUAUAUUGUUAUUGUUUGUUAUGUAUAAAGUCUCAUCCUUAUGUGAUUAAUGUGCUUCAAUGACAUGUAUGAUGAUCG